AUGAUUGCUACUGACACUACAAGUUCUGGAACAAGAUGUGAUGCAUGUAUUUUAUUGGAGUUGAUUUUAAAAUUUGAAUUUGUAUUUAAUCUACAUCUCAUGAGAAAGAUUUUGGAAAUUUCAAAUGAAUUGUCAAAAGCAUUACAAAGAAAAGAUCAAGAUAUUGUUAAUGCCAUGAGAUUGGUACAAUUAUGUAAAGCACGACUCCAAACCAUGAGAGAUGAUGAAUGGGAUUCUUUUUUUGGAAUGGUUUGUUCGUUCUGUGAAGCUCAUGAGAUAAAUGUUCUCAAUAUGGAUGAUAUGUUCGUAACUCUAGGUCGUUCACGACGUGAUACAGUGACAAAUUUGCAUUAUUUUCGUGUAAAAAUGUUUUAUGCCAUCAUUGAUAUGCAACUUCAAGAGCUGAAUGAUCGUUUUUCAGAGGUCAAUAGUGAGUUACUCCUUUGUGUUGCAUGUUUGUGUCCAAAUAAUUCAUUUGUCGCUUUUGACAAGAAUAAAGUGAUUCGACUAUGUCAGUAUUAUCUGGCAGAUUUUGACGCGACAGAUAUCUUGGAACUUGAUGAUCAACUAGAUACAUAUAUCUUUGACAUGCGCACUCACGAAGAUUUUGGAGAAUUACAAGACCUUAAUGAUCUUGCACAGAAGUUGGUUGCAAAAAAUAAACAUGAAGUUUAUCCAUUAGUUUACAAGCUUGUGAUAUUAGCCUUAGUCCUUCCCGUGGCUACUACUACAGUCGAGAAAGCAUUUUCUGCGAUGUCAAUUGUUAAAAAUCGUUUGCGCAAUCGAAUUGGGGAUCAAUGGUUGAAUGAUAGUUUGAUUGCAUAUAUUGAGAAGGAUGUAUUUGACAAUAUUGAAAAUGAUGUCAUUAUGGAACAUUAUCAAAAUAUGAGAACUCGUAGAGAACAAUUGUAA